UCCGUGGUUGCUGCGUGGGUCGAGUCGCACCGAGGGAGUGUGUGAGAACAAGUCUUCUCGGCGCCGUGACGCCUCUUUUGUGGGAAUGAGGAAAAAGACGCAGAUGAACAGGCGAGACGCUGCUGGAUAGCGCGACAUUUUUUUUUUACCUCUUUUUAACUUCUUUUUUUCCCUUUCCUGAAGACUUCAGGUAAACAUCAAGUUACUUUCUGGAGCAGAAAUCCGAUGAUGCAGAGUUCAUUUGAAACCUCGCAAGUUAUAAAUGUGUCAAACUCCAAACCAGUUCUGCCUCCCAAGCCUCGACUUACUCCCAAGCCCUUUUCACUACAGAACACCACUGUUCGGUCGAUCCAUGCCCCAAAAGCUGUUAGUGUACCCCCUAAGGGGACAGCAACACCCCUCCAGGCUGGAAAGCCCGUGGCUCAAACUGUCCCUAAGACCGCCUUGACCAGCCCGGCUACAAAACCAACUCAACAAAAGUCCACCACUGUUUCCAUAACGAAUCAAACAAAACCGUCCAAGAAUGAAUCCAAACCUGUUCCAGUCAAGAAAGGUGUUACCAAAACAAACCAAAAAUCAGAAACAGCGAAGGUAACUAAUAAGGAGCGAGAUGUCACCAAAAAGGCAGAUGAAACACAGAGCAAUGAUUCCUCGAAAACCAAAGAAAAUUUGCUCUGGGGUGGUACUAGGAAGCGUUUGUCCAAUGAUCUAAUUUCAAAGUUUAGUUCUGGUGGUAUUCCUCCAUCCCCUGAAUUAAACAGAACCGCAUCAGUGAGAAAAACAAAACCUCCUGUAAACAUACCAAAGGUGAAUGUCCCAGAGCCUCCCACCACAGAAACUAAAGGAGAUGGACUGACCGAGGAGUCCGAUGGAGGUAGCAGCAUUAAACGCAGGAUCAGUCUUCUUUAUGACUCGGCGUCCAAGCCAGAAGUUGCCGUGAGGAGAGGGCAGCCCGACUUUGCAAAGGAAAAAGGUGGUGUCAAAGAACAGAUCAAAAACUGGACUCUGGAGGCCAGUCCGGAAGGUCCGACUGAAAAUAAGCCACUGGUUGGAACCCAAACCCAGACUAAUAGCUUAACACCUGUUCAAACACCAGAAAAGGCUCACAAACUACCAUCUGGUGAUCAUUCUGGAUCAGGGACCCAAUCUACAGAGUCUGUUUCACACCCUGAUGCAACCGAACAACAUCCAACGAAGCAACUCCACAAACCUGGGGAGUCGGAGCACAAAAUACCGUCAGAAGAUGAUCCUCGACCUUUGGAAACUGCUUAUGAAGCCUCUUCAUCUAAUGGUGUUCAAAAACGAGACUCGGUCCAACGCGGCUUUGUUGAAUUUGGUGGCGUGGAGGGAGGAGAGGAAGAACCUCCUCUGGGGUCAGAAGCUGAAAACGAAUCAGAUGAGGAUGUAAAUCAAUCUGAAGAGGGUGUACCCGUUUCAGCACCAAGACGACUAGGAGUUCCACAGAGCAAGGAUGAGCAGAUCAGUGAGACGGAACGACUCCAAAAAUUUGAAUUUGAAAAAAAGCGUAAAGCAGAGGACAGUGAAAAGGAAAGACUCGAGCUAGAAGAGAAAACGAGACAAGAGGAGGAAGAGAGAGAGAAAGAACAAGCUAGGCUGAUGAGAGAAGAAGAGAAGAAGAGAGCGAUUGAGGUGGAGAAGGAAAGAUUGAGGCGGAAGAAAGAAGAAGUGGAGUGGCGUAGAAGGGAGGAACUGGAAAGGGCAAGACAGAUAGAAGCAGAGAAGCUUAGGGCAGAUAAGAAAAAACUAUUGAUCCAAAAGAGGGAAGAAGAGGAGAGACAAACAAGGGAGGAACUGGAGAGAGAGAGGCUGAGGGAAGAGGAGACAAAGAGGAAGGAGGAAAAAGAAAUCAUAAGACUGAAGAUGGAAGAAGAGGAGAGGAGGAGAAGGGGGGAACUGGACAGGGAAAGAAUGAGGCUGGAGAUGGAAGAAGAGGAGAGGAGGAGAAGGGAGGAGCUGGAGAGGGAAGAGGAGAGGAGGCAAAGGGAGGAGCUGGAGAGGGAAGAGGAGAGGAUAAGAAGGGAGGAGCUAGAGAGGGAAGAGGAAAGGAGGAGACGGGAGGAAAAAGAAAAAAUGAAGCUGAAGAUGGAAGAAGAGGAGCGCAAGAGAAGGGAAGAACUGGAGAGGAAAAGGUUGAGGGAAGAGGAGAGCCUUUGGGAGGAGCAGGAGAGGGAAAGAAUGAGGUUGAAGAUGCAAGAAGAGGAGAGGAAGCGAAGGGAGGAACUGGAGAGAGAGAGGCUGAGGGAAGAGGAGAAAAGGAGGGUGGAGCAGGAGAGAGAAAUAAUGAGGCUGAAGAUGGAGGAAGAGAGGAGAAGCAUGGAGGAUCUGGAGAGAGAAAGGCUAAGGGAAGAGGGGAGAAGGAGAGAUAUAGAAGAGAGGGAAAGACUGAGGCUGAAGAGGGAAGACGAGGAGAGGAGGAGAAGAGAGGAACUGGAGAGAAAGAGGCUGAGGGAAGAGGAGAGAAGGAGGGAAGAGCAGGAGACACAAAUGAUGAGGCUGAAGAUGGAAGAAGAGAGGAGGAGCAGGGAGGAACUGGAGAGAGAAAGGCUAAGGGAAGAAGAGAGAAGGAGAGAUAUGGAGGAGAGGGAAAGAUUGAGGCUGAAGAUGGAGGACGAGGAGAGGAGAAGAAGGGAGGAACUGGAGAGAGAAAGGCUAAAGGUAGAGGAGAGAAGGCGGAAGGAGGAGAAAGAACGAUUGAGGCUGGAGAUGGAAGAACUGGAAAAAGAGAGGUUGAGGGAAGAAGAGAAAGAAAGAACUAGGUUGAGGAUGGAAGAAGAGCAGAGAAGAGUACAACUGGAGAGAGAAAGGCUGAGGGAAGAGAGGAGGGAGGACCAGGAGCGGGAAAGAAUGAGGCUAAGGAUGGAAGAAGAGGAGAGGCGGAGAAGAGAAGAAUGGCAAAAAGAAAAGCUGAGGGAAGAGAAAAUGAAGGAGGAGGAAGAGAGACAGAGAAGAGAGGAACUGGAGCAAGAACAUCUGAGAGAAGAGGAAAGAAAGAGAAAAGAGCUACAAAUAAUGAGGCUGAAGAUGGAAGAGGAGGAAAGGCAGAAAAGGGAGGAAUGGCAAAGAGAAAGACUGCGGGAAGAGGAGAGAAGGAAGGAGGAACUGGAAAUGACAAUGCAGCAACAAAAAGAAGAAAUGGAGAGACAGAGAGAGGAGGCGAGAAGAGAAGAGGUUAGUAAGACAGAAGAGAGAAGAAGGCAAGAACUGAUGAGGAAGAAGUCACAUGAAAUGGUAGAGAAACUUAGGAUGGAGGCAGAGCGAAAAAGAGAAGAACUUCGGUUCUCCAAUAUGCGAAACAGAACCCCUGUUGAUGAAACAGAGACAACUUUAAUCAGCAUUGACUCUGGAGGUCCACCUCAAAGUCCACACAGCCUCUCAGCACAAACUGGGAGAACGUACGAUGAUUUUACAGUCAAUGAGCCUCAGAUCCGUGUGAGGAGUGAUAGCAAUUUUGAUGAUUUUUCAGUCAAGCCAAAGAGAUGGGGCACGCAGUCUAUAGUCAUUUCAACCACGCGAGACACCGUGGUGGACAGGCUGAUGCCAAUAGAUGCCGGUCUUCAGGAGAAGGAACAGAAGACAGAAGAAGGCUUUAGGCCAGAAUCAGGCUGGAGAAACAAUGAACCGAGGGAGGGAAAUAAGCAGCUGGGACAGAAUGAACAGCUUCAUGUGGAGAAAGAUGAGGAGGUUCAACAGCGAGGGGACGCCAAGAAGGAGUGGGAAAGAAGAGGCAUGAAGCAAGAUCACAUGGAUGAGGAUACUGUCCCCAGUUAUGGUGAAGACACUGAGGCUUUGAUAGACGUGGAGUCUGACAGACCACAUACAACCCAUGAAUGGAGAUCUGGAACUGACCGGACUGUCACUGAACCAAGUCCAAAGACGUCCAUCGAUGCACUUCCUAAGGUCCUCCUUGAAGAGGUUGAUUCAACGGAACCAGCACUGUUUCCCUUCCCUGAGACCUUCACUCCUCUCCUGGACACCAGUGCACAGAAGUUCAAGGCCGAUCUGGCCAAGACCCACAGGCGAACACGUCCGUCACGCUCCAGACCAACUAUUCUAGAAAGUCCGGACUGGAGGUCUCGUGACACUACAGAUGGCGAGCAGAAGGAGUCGGACUCUGAGGAGGAGCAGCCCAGCCAGAGGACAGUCUCCACUCCUCCUUCCUCCAGGAAGGUGGCCGUGUUCCCUGGCAUAAGUCCUUUGAGCCUGAUUGCUCAGAUGAAGAAAAGAGCAGAAGGAAGAGACCAGACUGAAGAGGACAAGGAAAGUCUCAACGACCAAGUGGAGCCGUCGGCCCCCGUCCCCAUGCCUCGCUCGACCCGCCCUCGCGCUCCUCUGGCCGGGGCCGCACUCGUGCUGCCACCCUUAGGUGGCACAGACGGAGGUGCUGUGUCCUCUCCGUCUUGGCUCAUGGAGUUGAAAUCCAAGAAGCGUGUCAGUCAACACGAGGGGGAGUAGUGUGUGCAGCAACCACGCCCGCAGAGAAUCCAUCCCAGUCAGGUGUUGCUUCAUGGAGACACCUCACCAAGGUCUUCAUUUUGCACUUCGGAGUGCCUAUUUUGUACAUUUUACUGAAAUAUGCCAAAAAAAAGAAAAAGGAAAUUCAGGCUUCUGCAAAAAUGCAUUGAACACUUUUUUUUGUCUUGUACGUGAUUAGUUGCCAAGGCCGAAGUGCCACCAUUGUGCAUGUCGGGGAAGAACGAGGCGCAGAUAUCAGAGAGCACAAUAAGCUUGCCGGAGAAAUGUUUUUAUGCUGCGUGAAUAAUGUUUGUCUGCUUCUCAUCAAGUUCACCAACAACAUUCAGUUGAAAAGUGGUGGAUGGAUUAAAAUGUUUUCUACGAAACCUA